CUAAAGUAGUUUUAUGUUUAGAUUCUAAAAAUAAAACAAGUACACCAAAUAUUUAGAUAGUGAUUUGAAGUUGUUGGAUCGUGGUGUGUUUUGAAAAGGGAUGGAGAAGGCGGUGCGAGCGUACGCAGAGGUUCUGAGACUUGUAAGGCGAUUACCGAAGGAUUCGAGGGGUUAUUAUGCCAAGUACGCCCGCGAGAACUUUGUGAAUUACCGUGAGGUUGAUCCUUCUGAUUCUUCCACCCUCCAUGAUCUCUUUCAACGCACCUACACCCAUUCCCUAUGGGUUCUCCAUAAGUAUUCAGUUGAUGAAUCUGCCGCGGAUAAGCUGAAGGGGAUCUGCUGCGCUUAGUUUAGCUGUGCCGCCCAACUGUUUGUUCUUAUUCCCCGCUCAACCCUUCUUUGCACCGUCCGUUUUCACAUUCUUUUUUAUGUGUUAGUUAAUUCUGUCUUCAUAUAAUACUGUGUGUAAUUUGCAGUUGGAUUAAUUUUUUCCUAGAGCUUGUUCAAGAUUCUAUUUAUUUAUUCCAUGAAUAAAAUCGAGCUUAUCAUAUAUAACUA